GCUACGUAAGGAGCUGAAUGAAGGCGCCUGGUGCCCGGCUAGUCCGAACAACGGCAGCGCCUCACACGUAUACGAAUGGCUGGAGAUAGACCUUGGCCAGCUCAAGGUUGUGACGAAGGUGGCGACGCAGGGACGGUUCGGCAAUGGUAAGGGCCUGGAGUUUGCAGAGUCGUACAAGCUGGAGUACUGGCGGCCAGGCCUCGAUAGAUUCAUGCGCUUCAAGAAUCGCAAAGGCGUCGAGCUGUUGCCCGGCAACACAAACACCUACAUGCCCGUGGAGCAGGAAAUGGACCCGCCCAUCGUCGCAUCGCGUGUGCGGUUUGUACCGUUCAGACGCAACCUGCAAAUCUGCAUGAGGGUGGAAGUCUACGGCUGCAUCUGGGAAGGUAAGAGCAUGAGGAACUUGUACAUAUCAUACUUGUACAUGUGGAUACAAAGAAAAGACCAGGAGUGA